AUGGACCAAACGCGUUCGCAGUCUCCGGAGCCUCCAGGCCCCAAACCGAUUCGGCGGCUGCACGAAUCUCUCAUAAACCGCAUAGCGGCGGGCGAAAUCAUCCACAGACCCGCAUCUGCUCUGAAAGAACUGAUAGAAAACAGUCUUGAUGCAGGCUCGACUUCCAUACGCGUCACCGUCAAGGAUGGCGGUAUGAAAUUGCUUCAAAUACAAGACAAUGGGUCAGGCAUCCGUAAAACCGACCUCCCGCUUCUCGCGGAAAGAUUCGCCACAUCCAAGAUAUCCACUUUCUCAGACUUAUCUCAGUUGACAACCUACGGGUUCCGUGGAGAAGCUUUGGCCUCCAUUUCGCAUGUCGCUCACCUGUCUGUCAUAACAAAGACAGAGUCGGACACCUGUGCAUGGAAAGCAUGCUAUGAGGACGGCUCGCUCGUCCCAGUUAAGGCCGGGCUCACUCCAGACCCUAAGCCAUGCGCAGGGAACGAAGGCACCACAAUCAUCGUAGAAGAUUUAUUCUACAACACGCCUACCCGCCUCUCUGCGCUGCGUAGUUCCUCGGAAGAAUACGCCCGCAUCCUCGAUGUCAUCACGAAGUAUGCUGUCCAUAACUCCACGGUAUCGUUCACAUGUAAGAAGGGCGGCUCGCCGUCGGCGGACCUAUCCACACCCUCUGGCUCGACAACCCAGCAAGCCAUCCGACUCCUGUACGGCCACUCCGUCGCUAAAGAGCUGAUACACGUCAGCGAGCAAGACGAUCCAGAAGCCUGGUCGGCCGAAGCAUACGUGACCAGCGCGAGCUAUCAGGCGAAGAAGAUUGUUCUUCUUUUGUUUAUCAACAACCGCCUUGUCGAUUCUUCCCGGAUCAAGCGCUCCCUGGAAGCAGUCUAUAGCAGCAUACUCCCCAAGGGCGCGUCGCCGUACAUAUACCUCAGUCUACACAUCGACCCGCGAUCCGUAGACGUCAACGUGCACCCCACCAAACGCGAAGUGCACUUCUUGAACGAAGACAUGAUCAUCGAGGAUAUUUGCGAUGCCAUUCAGGAGGCACUCGCCGGUCGAAGCCACUCUCGAGUGUUCGAGUACCAGGUGAGAUGCUCCCCGGAAACAUUCCAGACCCUGAAGCGGAAGCGGACCAAGAUCCGGCACCGUCCACUGGUAUGUGAGCCCGCGCUGAAGAAGAAAGUAUACUCGCACCACAAAGUCCGCACGUCUACUCAGGAUCGGACAUUGGACUCCAUGUUCCCGGUGGUCAAUCCGUCGCAGAUCAUAACUCCUCCGUCCGGAGGUGAGGGCGACGCCAGCCCGCAGGCCAUCAAGCUUCGAGAAAUCAAGCAGUCGGAAUGCUACCUCACGUCGGUGCAGCACCUCCGCCGAGAAGUCGAAAAAGCCAGACAUAAACACCUGACAGAGAUCCUCGACAAGCACAUAUUUGUUGGCAUAGUAGAUGUGAAGCGUUGCCUCUCUUUGAUACAACACUCUACGAGACUAUACCUUCUGAAUCAUGACGCCUUCGCGUAUGAGCUGUUUUACCAGCUCGGAUUACGACAAUUCGGGAAUAUGAGUAGAUUCAAAUUGAACCCGCCACCUGCCUUGAAGACGAUGAUCAAACUGGCGGUCGAUGCAGAAGAGGGCACCACGAAGAGUAGGUACUCGAAGGAGCAAAUCGUGGAGAUUAUCACUAGCACACUGAUCGCGAGAAGAGAGAUGUUGCAGGAGUACUUCUCUCUGGGUAUAAGUGAAAAUGGCGCGGUUGAAUAUCUGCCCCUCUUGCUCCGAGGCUAUACUCCCAAUCUGGACAAACUGCCGUCCUUCCUGAUGCGCCUCGGUCCUCAGGUAGAUUGGACUUCCGAAAAAGAAUGUUUCGAGACAUUCCUAAGGGAACUGGCGCUUUUCUAUGUGCCGGGACCCUUAGUCCAGGACUCAUCCGAUGGUGUUCCGGACGAAGAGAAAGCUGAACGAUGGCAGGUCGAGCAUGUGCUAUUUCCGUCGUUACGGCGAUAUUUGUGUCCUCCCAAGACUUUGUUGGACCAGGAUAUCGUGCAAGUCGCAAACCUUCCUGAUCUGUACCGAGUCUUCGAGCGAUGCUAAAUGAGAAAUGGUAUGCCCCGGCUGGCGUAUUAUGCAUUAAUGUACUAUACAUCUAUGCAACUGCUGCAAGAGCGGUGCUAAUGAUACAUAUACUGAUACAAACUGCAAUUAACUUAGAAAUCCGCAAGGACAACAGUUUAACAACACAUGAAGACAGCAAUGCUAUUGAUAGAAUCCGUUGAGAGAAUUGCUAUGUGAGAGUGAAAGAUGAUCAAGGGAAUCAAAUACGAAAGCAUCCGAUUCGGAGUCACUGCCAGAGUCCUCAUCUGAAUCUUCGAACCCAGAUAAAUCAUUGAUCUCGAAGACAUCUGCGAAUGGUGUCUGUGGGGCGUCCGUCGCGCUGUCCGUCGACUUGGCCAGGAUCGCAGCCACUCGGGCUUCCACCUGCCGGGUGGGCAAUGGCACAUGGACUUGGCCCCGCUCCUCAGAGUCUCCCUCUUGGAAGAACAUACUGAGCUCGUGGAGAUUUUGCACGAGGUCACCCAAGUUAUCGUCCGGACGAUCUAUGGUGGCCUCGAUUUCGUCGGGAUGGAAAUCGAUUCGCGACGGCCGGGUCGGUACCUUACACGUAUCGAAGACAGCAAUGACGUUGGCACGACAUAUUUCUUGUGCAAGGCUAGGUCGAGCCACACACCAACCGGAUUCCUCUGGAAUACCGAAAAUAUCAGUAACUUCAACGUGCUGCGGCAUCGCCUUCAUAUUCAUGCUCAUACGAAGGACGUGCUUCGCCGAUGGACCUCCUGAAAUCGUCAUAGGUUCCUCAAGAACGCUGAGUGCUUCUGGCGCG